CUGCCGGAAGUGACUGAAGGCAAAUCGGCGUUCGCCGAGCCUGGGAGAGUUUAGGGUGGCUGUGCUAGUUGCUGCUGUAGGCUUGCAAGAUGCCAGGUCUGGCGGCCGCAAGCCCUGCCCCGGCUGAGUCACAGGAGAAGAAGCCUCUGAAGCCCUGCUGCGCCUGUCCGGAGACCAAGAAGGCGCGCGAUGCUUGCAUCAUUGAGAAAGGAGAAGAGCACUGUGGACACCUAAUUGAGGCCCACAAGGAAUGCAUGAGAGCCCUAGGAUUUAAGAUAUGAAAUGGUGGUUUACUCUGUGAAUGAAUAAUUCCUGAAGAAUGAAGAAGAUUCAAUAAUUUUGAGAAUUUGUGGAACUUUGAUAAAUGGAAAAAGUAUUUAUAACUUAUUUUUAGAAAAAGGAAAUUAUCUCUGGUCAGAAAUCUUCAAGUGUGUCUUUUUGUGUUCCUCACGUCCUCACAUGGCAUUUAUUUUUCUUAAAGGAUAUAGUAUAAAAAAACAUCCUGUAAUAUUAA